GAUGGAGGAAUAUAUGAAGGUAGCCAUCGUAACUUCUGCUUAUAUGAUGUUGUUAACAACAUCCUUGGUCGGUAUGGGAAACCUAGUAACUAAGAAAGACUUUGACUGGAUUACAAGUGAGCCACUGCUUCUUCUUGCAUCCGCAACAAUUUGUAGGUUAACCAACGACUUGGUAGGAUACGGGUUUGAAAAGAAACCCACAGCAGUGGAAUGUUACAUGAAUGAAAACGGUGCCUCAAAGGAGGAAGCUUUUGCUGAACUCCAAGAACAAGUCACGAAAGCAUGGAAGGACAUGAAUCAGGAAAGUCUUCGACCAACAAUACCAGUCUCUAUGCCGGUCGUAACACGAGCUCUCAAUUUUCCUCGCAUUGCACAUCUUUUCUAUGUGGAAGACGAUGAGUAUACCAAGUCCGAAGCUAAUAUAAAAGACAUCAUACACGGCGUGCUAGUUGAACCGAUCAUGUCAGUUUAAAGAUCCAAGUCGGAAUUGAAUGAUGUGGGAGGCUGGAGGCUGGUGAACCUCUCCUGCUCGUCAACUUCACCAAUCAUAUAUAUUAAAGUUACUGCGUCUCAAUAAAUAAAGACCUGACCAAAUGGAAGUGUAGUUAAAGAUUGAUGGAGUUUGACAUCACUAUGUUAUCUAUAUAUAAACUGUGUGUAGGUAUCAAAGU